AUGACUUCCUCUGCUGUUAGUGAUUUUGAAAUAUAGAAAUAAGCAUAAUAGUAAUAAAAUAAUAUACUUGCAAUAUUAAAAUCUGGUAAUGCAACAGUAGUAAAUGAAAAAUUAUAAAGAUGCAAAGAUUUUAAAGAUGGCAAGGAUAUUACUAUUCCGUUUUGCUAUAAAGAAAACUCACCGAAGGAAGAGUUAGUACUAGAACAUGUUUAAUAAUUUCAAAAGCAGUUUCAAUUACAUUAUGAUGAGAGGAGAAAUCUGUUUCUUUAUCCCAAAAAUGAGUGUGAUUUGUACAAAUUUAUAUGCACAACAAUUCGGCCUCAAAAAAUUGGUUAUUUGGAACUCUAUAAUUACGAAUAGUGUGCAAGAUAUAUGAGUUUUUUUAUUGCUUAUGAAUAAUUGGAUCCUCCUGAUUAAUUUCCUAAGGUAAUACCAAGUCCAACUAAUGUUGCGAGGUGGUAAAAGGGAGACUGCUUUGAUUUAUCUAUAUUACUUUGCAGUGUUCUAAUAGGAGUGGGUUAUGAUGCUUAUUGUGUCUAUGGAACAGCUCCACGGUCAAUUACCAGUAAAAAUGAAUCAGAUCUUGAUUACAUCUUCAUUAACAAUGGAAUAAAGGAGGACGAUGAAGACUAAAACAAAGAUAACGAUGAACUGAAAGACAAUGAAUUCGCUAUCCUCCCAAAAGAAGAAAUUAUUUCUAAAUAUGACACUAAAAUACAAAAGUAAAAAGAAGAAUACGAAAAAGAGCAAAGAAGAAUAGCUUUAACUAUAGAUGAUGAUGAACCUGAUUAGAUGGGACAUGAUUUUUAUGCUGGAAGGAGAAUUCAUUGUUGGAUUCUCUUGAAGGCAGGAAAGAGAGGAGUUGAAAGAAAUCUCUUUAUUGAACCCUCAACAGGAAGAAUCUAUCCUAUUAAUGAUAGUCCAUUUCUAACUGUUGAUGCUGUAUUCAAUAAUAGGAACUUCUGGAUUAAUAUGAAACUCGAAUCAAAGGUGGCUGAUUUAAAUUUUGAUGAAAUGGAUACUUCUAUGAAUUGGGAAUAUGUUAUGCUCGACACUUUGGUAGAAUAGGCAUAAUAAGAUGAUGAAGAUUAUAAUUAUGGCGAAGAUCAUAACCAAUAAUAAAAGCAUGUAGAUCCGCAAUAAUAACAAUUGCAAGACAUUGUACAAAUCUUAGAUAUGCCUCCCCCAUGGCCACCUAAAGUCUUUAUUGAUAAGGAGUGCUUUCUCAAAGGAACUCCUUUAGGAGAGUCAACAGUCUUCUAUAAGAAAUGCAAAAUAGACUCCUUUGCUCCUUACUCUCAAGAACAAGAUGGACUAGUCUAGAGAUUUACCAUCUAUCAGGAUUACAAAAGAUUGAAAAUACAAGAAAUAAGGUACUUUUACAAACAUAGAUCUGAUAAAUUAGUACUGAAAAGAAGAUUCCCAUACGAAUUUAAAACUAUUGAGGAGUAUGAACCUGGUAAUAAACCAUAACGUAAGACCAUUACUACAAUUGACAGAUAAUUGAGAAUCAUUAUUUACUAUCCAACUAGAAAUCAUGAUGGAUUGAUCAAAAGAAUUGAAAAGAUUGGAGAAAAGACAAUUGAAGAAUACGAAAACAGAGAUGAUCGUGUUAUUUAUAGAUCUGUUAGAUUUGAUCCGAAGGAUAAGAAAUUUGAAUAAAGAGACUUAACACAUAAUGAUAGAUAUAUGGGUUAAGUCAAAAUUACGAAAAUGACUUAAAAAUAUGAAUUAAGCGAACUAUAUCCAGCUAGUGAAUAACCAUAGAAAGUUGUUAUUGAUUUGCAAAAGAAUCUUAUUAAAGUCUACUAUCAUAUGAAUAAAGGAGAAAUCAAUCCAUAAUUCAAAGAGCUUAAAAGAGAGAAUAUGCAUAGCUUAGGCAAAUUAACUGAACCUGGAGUUGAGAAAAAAAAUGAGGAUGCUUUAGUAUCAUAAGAGAAUUAACGCAUAGCUAAUUUAGAGAAGGAAUGCUUAACCCACAUCAAAAAUUAGGAGGAUGAAGUCAAAAAGGAUGAAGAAUAGCUUAGAUCUUAAGAUUUAAAGUUGGAGAAGACACUUCAUGAUAAAGCCAGAGAAAGAUAUAAGGAAACCUUAAAGAAAUCAGAAGAGGAAAAAUAAAGAGAAUAAGCUGAUAAGGAUUACUUGUAUCCAUAUUUAGAAAAAAGAAAACUCUAGGGAAAGGACGUUCUAUCAUACAAUGAGGCUUUGGAAAUACAAAAAGAUGUCAUGACCAAAUUGAAAGAACGUUUAUUAUCAAGAGCAGCUAUCAUUUAGAAAAAACUUGAAGAGGAAAGGGCAAAAUUAGAUUAAGCUGAAUAAAUGUAAUAAAAGAAAUCGGAUCCUGAUGAUAACGAAUACAUUAACAUUCAAUUUAGAAUAGAUAUUUUAGAAUAAAGAGCUAUAAGAUUUGAAUCUUAGGCUCUAAUUAAAUAUGAAGAAAUGGAUAGAAAAUUAAAGGAAGAUAAAAGAUUGUCAGAACUAAAGAAGAAAUGA